AUGAUUGGCAUAUUUCAUGUUUUCAUGUGGUAUUUCCUAUUGAUUUUGUAUAUGGGACAAAUUAGAGGAGUCUUUGGGACAUAUGAACCUAUAACUUACAAAACAGGAUGUGCUUUAUGGGGAAUUAUUUUUAUCACUGCAGGAGUCUCCAUAAUAAGAGUAGUAAGGCAUCCAACUCAAGGCAUGAUUACAUUUGCUUUGAUCAUGAACAUCUUCUGCAUAAUUGUUGCAGUUAUUGCAUCAAUUCUAACAACAAUUGAGUUGUCUUCUUUUAAUUCUGUGUCAUAUAGGAAUUAUGGACAAGCAAAACUUGGAAGGGAAGUUUCACGGAUUUUACUGAUGUCUUACCCCUUGGAAUUUUCUAUUGCAUUAACAUACUCAAUCUUUGGCUGUAUUGGUUUGAGUCAUCAUCAUAAUGAAGAUACUCUCACAGCUGUUACAGAGGAAGCUGAGAGCACUUUUUAAAAACCUUAGAAAUGUGAGAUUUUUCCUGGUGCUCAUACCUGAUGUGGGCAUGAU